GCAUAAGGCAGAGCUGUCGCAAUAGCGAACCGUUUGGAUUGUUAUCUAUGCGGUCCGAGAUAUCAUAAGAAAAAAACUUUGGCUAUGGUUUGUUUCAUUUAUCAAAAUGUACAUGAUAUACAUGCGUGCAAUUUAUACUGAAACCUGGAUAAACGUUUUUGCUCGGCUCUGUCUGAACUAGCAGUUUAGCGAGUUUAGCUAAUUAGCCGCUUAGCUUGAUAUGCGUUAGCUUAGCUGCUAUUUCUACUCCAGUGAAGUAAACCUCUGAUGGCUAACGAGGUUUGUAAAUCGCAUCGCUCUCGUUGCAGUAAUAAAACAUUAUUACUUAAGUGUUUAAGCUGAACGUGGUACUAAAGUGCGAUAUCGUAAGCUAGCUAAAGCUACCGCAGGGUGUAAUAGCAAAUGAGUCUGAAUAGUUAGAUAAACUGCUAGCAACGCUUUAAUACAUUGCUGCAGAAAAUAUCGGUUUGCCGAGAGACAAACUAUAUUUAAUUGGUCAUGAAAGAAUGAGCGCUUUACAGACGGAGAAAAGGCUGAAACUGGAAGCGGAUUGUUCCUCUGGCAGAAGUGUGGAAGAAGCCACAGGAACACAUCGAGGUAUUUUGUCCGCCAAUGUUCUAAGGCCAAAUACGGAGGAAACUAGGAUGGAAGUAAACAGCAAUAUCAGUAGUGACCUGAAGGUUGAAGACGUAAGAAGUGAUUGUCAUAAAUCGUUUGAGUGCAACCAGAAGGAUGUUUGUCAGCCGAAAGAAAAUGACAAGCGAUUUGAUGUGGCGUUGCGACGACCAGGUGACAAAAAUAUUGGAGAAACUUCAGCAAGCACUAACUCCAACACAGAGGUAACUUAUGGACUGAGUUUACCAAUUAGCAGUGACAGUGAUAAUGCUGUCAUUGAGACAAAGUCCACCACCGAAGAGGCGGCUCUUGUAUCGAAUUCGUCGGAUGCUAAUCUUACCAAAGUAGCAAGCAUAUCUACAGAAAAGACAAAGUUGGAUCUCAGUUUAUCUCAGAGCACAAGUGCUGAUGUAGAGAUGCUGAGCCCAGAGAGCCCAACCUGCAAAUCCUUGCUGUAUAACAGCUCAGUGGAAAGCCACAAUCCCAGGGCAGAGUCUCAGGCACCUUGUGCUCAAUCCUCAUCUCCUGUAGAAUCCGCUAACCUUAUUGACACUAAAGCUGGACCUGGAACAAUCAGAGAUCCUGAUGUGACCUCUGUGGAAACAGAUAAUUCCGUCUCUAGUGCAAAUUUAUCGAUGGAAAAUCAAGACUCAAGUGUUAACCAGUCACAGACAAGGGAGCCAGUGCUGGUGACUUUGCCAAGCGUUGACAAGAAGUGGUUGGGAACUCCUGUAGAGGAGCUGAGGAGGAUGCCAAUGUGUGCUCCGGCCCUCCCCCCACUCAGGGCAUCAGACAAUCACAAAGUGCUCAUCCGGACUGACCUGCUCAUAGAGGGCAAGGUCCCCGUUUCAUAUCCCAACAAGUUCCAGGAUGCCUGGGACGAUAUGCAUGUCAAGAUGCCCUGCUCUGAAAAGAACCUGUUUCCUUUGGAGAAUGAGGAUGGAGUGCAGAGCCGGUGGGAGCUCAUUAUUUCUGCCUUGGAAACUGAAAGCAAAAGCUCACUGGAUAUCCGGGAGGCAAUAUUGACUUACAAUACAACACAUGCUAAGAGAUGGGACUUCACAGCUCUAAAUGUUCUCUGCACUGAGGGCCUGGAGCACACAGAGGCACAAUAUCUGUUUGAUGUUAUGCUGCCAAAGAUGGUAACAUUAGCCCUGAGUGCACCCAAUAUUUGUACCCAGCCAAUCCCCCUGCUUAAGCAGAACAUGAAUCAGUCCCUGACUAUGUCUCAGGAACAAAUUGCCUGCCUGCUGGCCAACGCCUUUUUCUGUACGUUCCCCAGGCGCAACUCACGCAAGUCUGAGUACUACAACUACCCUGAGAUUAAUUUCUACAGAUUGUUUGAGGGAUCGGCCCAUCAGAAGAUUGAAAAACUCAGAACUCUUCUUUGCUAUUUCCGAAGAGUCACCACUGAAAAGCCCACUGGUCUCGUGACAUUUACAAGACAAAGCCUAAACAGUUUUCCUAAAUGGGAAAGCUUGGCUACCCGGCUCACACGGCUUCAUAUCUCCUUCGAGGGGACCAUUGAGGAUCAGGGAUACGGCAUGCUGCAAGUGGACUUUGCUAACAGAAUGGUAGGAGGAGGGGUAACAGGACUAGGGUUGGUUCAGGAGGAGAUUCGUUUUCUCAUCAACCCAGAACUUAUCGUCUCACGUCUUUUUACUGAGGCUUUGGAACACAACGAGUGCCUUAUCAUCACAGGCACUGAGCAGUACAGUAAGUACUCUGGCUAUGCAGAUAGCUACAGAUGGAAGGCCAACCACAAAGAUGAGACACCAAGGGAUGAGUGGCAGAGAAGAUGUACAGAGAUUGUGGCAGUGGAUGCGUUGAAGUACAGACACUACAUGGAGCAAUUCCACCCUGAGAAAUUCACAAGGGAACUCAACAAGGCGUACUGUGGGUUUGUGCGGCACGGUGUAGACCCCCAGAAUCUCUCAGCCAUUGCCACAGGAAACUGGGGAUGUGGUGCAUUCCGGGGAGACACACGACUCAAAGCCUUGCUGCAGCUAAUGGCAGCAGCAGAGGCUGGUAGAGAUGUGGCCUAUUUCACGUUCGGCGACUGUGCUCUCAUGAGGGACGUUCAUGAACUGCACACGUUUCUGACGGAUAAAAACGUGACAGUGGGUAAACUGUAUGGCCUCCUGAAGCAGUACUUUAAUAUGGUGGUGAAGAACAGUCACAGUCAGAGGCCCGAUGUCAGUCUUUACGGCUUCAUCUAUCAUCAGAUCAGCCCAAAUCCUCCUCCUGAGCCCACUGCAGCAUCCAGUUCUCCUCCAGAUGGACAUUAAUGUUGGCCUGUCAUGAACUGACAUGCAUCCUUAGUGCUUCCUUCUUCUUUAGGAAAAGAUCUUUUAGGUGAUUUUCUGAGACGUGAUGGACAUCUCUAUGCCGUUAUUGAGCAAAGGAAAUGCUUCAAGUCACAAUACACUAAAUGUUUGGCUCUGAGAGUGGAGCAGCAGUUCUCCUGCUUUCUGGGUAUUUGUGUUUCCCUGUAUACCAGAGAAAUAUUCGUAGCCAGAUUUACAACAUGGUGUUGAACUGUUUGUUUUAAAUUUAGUUGACAAAAAAAAAACAUUAAUCUGUACUGGAAGACUAUUAGUAGGGCACUUAAGCAGAUUCUAUACUCUAUGGUAGAACCAUAUAGAUCACAAUGUAUGCAUGAAAACUUUAAAAACGCUGAGAUUCACUUGAUUAUGAAAAAGUAUAGACAUAUUUUGGGGUUCAGAAAAGUAUUGUUAUAAUUCAGUUUUCAAUAUAUGUUCAAUUUUACACAAUAAAGGAAAUUCUGUAACUGUUCAGUGAAAGAAUUUGCAUUUGCAGUAUAAUGGUAUGUUGCAAUAUUGAAUUGAUUAGCUCGGCAUGUACUUUUUAACAAUUUAUUAAGAUUUCUAUGCUCGAGUGUUUUGUUUUUGUUUUGUUUUUUGUUUAUUUCCUUGAUUUAAAACUACUAUUUAAAGGUUGUGAAUCGUUUUCAGUUGUAUUAUAUUUUAAUAUUGUCAAUUAAAUGUGUUAAACACC